AUGAUUUCCCCUACGAUACCUCUAUUGCUCUGGAGCGCUUUUUCGCUGUGUACAUCGGCACAGCUAUCAUCAAUUCUUUCAUCGCUCUCCCUCACGCCAGUGCCUAGCAGUCUUGUGACCGAGCUGACCCCCGCAUCCUCAUCCUCUCUUCUAUCCUUCGCAUCCCUAUCUGUAUCACGAAAUGCGAGUUCUGUGGCAACAUCUUCAGCUACAUCAGAAGCGGUGAUUGGCAUAACAGGCAUUGCUCCAUCUGCAUCAGGAAACGCCACUGCGACAAGCUCUACCACAGCUCUCCCACGCCCUACGCAAAACACAACACCUUGCAAUGGAUACCCAGAGUUCUGCAGUCGACGAUUCUCCAAUAUUUCCAUGGUGGUGGCUCACAAUAGUCCGUUCGUGAGGGCCCAUAAUGCUGCCAGUAACCAAGCCUUGGAGGUUGUGACGCAGCUCAAUGAUGGCAUUCGAGGGUUACAAUUCGAAACGCACAAGCCCAACGCUUCAUCCCCCAUUCGCCUCUGUCACACUUCAUGCGAUCUUCUCGAUGUCGGAACCCUUCAAUCAUACCUCACAAUCGUCAAAGGCUGGCUCGACGACCACCCAUACGAGGUCAUCUCAAUCACCAUGGGCAACAACAAUGGCCAAAGCAUCCGCAAUCCUGCCACAGACUAUGUUGAGCCUUUCCAGAACUCGGGCAUCAUAGAAUACGUGUGGACACCGCCCGCCAGAAGCCUGAACCUGACCGAUUGGCCUACGUUGUCCGAAAUGAUCCUCAAGAACAAUCGAGUAGUCGUGAUGAUCGACUACAACGCCGACCAAGAUGCCGUACCCUGGCUUCUAAGCGAGUUUGACUACCAAUGGGAGACUCCUUUCUCGCCCACCGACCCUUCGUUCCCCUGCACUCAGCAGCGCCCCCCAAACCAGGCCGAGGACGUCUCUCGCAAUCGCAUGUUCAUGCUGAACCACAACCUAAAUGUCGACCUCUCCAUCGGAGGUAUCAACAUUCUUGUGCCAGCAUAUGGCCUCUUGGAUCAAGUCAAUGCUGAGUCCGGAAACAGCAGUCUGGGUCUCAAUGUUCAGGGCUGCGAAGAAAUGUGGGGGCGUCCACCGAACUGGCUGCUUGUCGAUUACUACAAUUUUGGCAACUUUAAUGGAUCUGUCUUUGAAGUUGCGGCGAACGCCAACGGCGUCUCGUACAAUCGCGAUUCGUGCUGUGGAUCGUUGCGCAGUACGAGCGGUUGGAGCAGGUUCGGUGUAGCUGAUUCAUGGCUUUUGUCAAUCGUUGGCGUUGUGGCUGUAAUGGUGAUGCGUUUGUGA